AUUCCACUUCGCACGAGGUUUUCCCCUCGUUUUGCUCAUCCCGCCAGCUGCUCAUACGCUCGGUUGAAUUUCCGCGAAGAGGUGAUGAGUUCCUUUCUGACCCCCACUACAUCCCACGCUUGUAUACCGUGUCGUCACCUCCAUCACGCUAAUGGCUCAUGCACAUGGGCGGACGUUUGUGCGAUUUAUAUCCAUCGUCUCUGCGUACGGUCCAGUGAAACACGAGAGGUUCUACUUCGAAGAUGGAAAUGUUGUUUUCUUGGUGGAGACCACGUUGUUUAAAGUGCAUCGCUACUCGCUCGAGACCAAGUCGGGCGUGUUCGAGACUAUGUUCUCCUUGAAACCACCCAAAGAUCAGUCUGUGGAGGGAGACUCCAAGUACAACCCGAUCCAUCUGCAGGGCACUACCGUCGUCGACUUUGAGAGGUUCCUCACAGUCCUCUAUCCCCGUGACCUGCGCCGAUCUGACCUGAACAGCUUCGAUGAAUGGCUGUCAGUUCUUGAGCUCGCGACGAAAUACGCUGUCGAUGACAUGCGUGAAGUUGCUAUCCAGCACGCCACUCGGGCUGGAUCUCUCGCACAACGGAUCUACAUGGCACGCCUCUAUCACUUGCCGGAUCUGCUUUUGAAGGCGCGCAUCGAGAUGUGUCAGCGUCAGCAGGCGAUUACGGUCGAAGAAGGCAGGAUGUUGGGGGUAGAUGAGGUGGUAGUCCUAUCGGAAUGUCGCGCGUACAUCCGCUCCGCGGAAGGACGGGUGGUCAAGUAUCUUCCCAGGGACGUUCAGUACCUGGAGGCUCAAUAUCGUCAAUUGGGCGAUCCGAUCGAUUGAGUGCAAAUUGAGAGGGUCAUGGACUCAUGACUAAAGAACGCCGAUUGUUCGACUCAUUUACUCAUUCUUCAUGUCCAGAUGGUUCAUUGCUAGUGACUGUAGAUAGAUUCUACAAUGAUGUGUGGUCCUGGAUUAAUCAGUGCUCGAUUUUGACUGCGCCGUGGCAGUCAUCACACCGGACCGGCG